AUGACCAAAUCAAAAGAAGAUCCUAACGAUUACAUCUUGCAAAGAUUAUCUGAUGUUCCCACCGUCGAUUACACUCGUGAGCAAAAUUCUGCUGCGUGGAAAAAUCUUCUUAGUGCUCAAGAGUAUAUUGAAAGAGAGCGCUGUUUGGGAUUGUCCAAGAUUGCGUCUUCGGAUGUCAACAGAUUAGCUGUCUUCGGGUUGAAAUCCAAAGAUAAGCCAGACACGAUUGUGGGAUCAUUAGAAUUGCUCAUCAGAGAGGCGUGGUACUUCCACAAGAAAUCCGAUGGCUCCGUCACCAAGAAGAACGUGCUCAGCGGCUGUGUGGGUGGUGUCUAUACCUAUCCGGAGUAUCGAGGCAAAGGUUUGGCCACUAUCAUGGUGGAUAAGUUGUUUGAGUUGGCUAAGGGGUCUGAGUACCUUGGGCCCGAUGGUUUCAUGUUCCUCUACUCAGAGGUAGGCGAGUUUUACACUCGGAAUGGCUUCAAGUCGUUUGCUGUACCGUUAUUGAACUUUCCUCUCAAACCUUCCAACACUGCGUAUGAAAACAGCGCCAAUGUCUCUUUGAUCAAGUACCAUGAGUUUGAUUCAUUGUUCGAGCAGUACAACCGCCACUUCGAGAAGGAAAUGAUUGCCAAGGUCGAGGCUGAUGGCGUGGACCGAAUCUCAGUAGAUCCAACCUCACAGUACAUCGAUUGGUUUCAUUUGCGAGUGAAAUUUUUCAGCACGAAAUUGUUUGGCCACUCGGAUGUUCAUAUUGACCCUAGAACCGACACCUACGAGGAAAUUGUUGACAAGGUUUCAACCAUUGAGCCCAUUUACUUUGGUAUCCAGAUCACCUGCCCUACGACAAACGCGUUGAAGGGUUUCAUCGUAUGGCAAUAUGAGUACGGAUAUGACCACGAAAAUAAUGUGUUCCAGAAUUACGCGACCGUGAUCAAGAUCUUUGUCAAUACGCCCCAUUUUAACCAGGAGGAGACUCAGUUAGCACUCAUCGCCGCCAUGAAGAAGUACCUUGAGGCCAAACAUGAGCUGCCGCAGAUGUCGAACUUCCACAAGAUAGUCAUUUGGGAAACAGAGAUCACGGAGGGUGUAAUUGCAUCGUUAAAGACUAAGUACGGAGGAGUUGAUGGUUUAGAGAAUGGAUCCAGAAGUGCCAUUCAAUGCAUUGAUGAAGAUCAGGAUCAGAGGUUGAAGGACGGACGUAUAUUGUGGGAGAACAACAAUAAGUUGCCGUGGUUUUAG